AUGCAGCCAGCAAAGCGUAAACCAGCGGCAGCCGCAACCUCAUCGCUCGACCCGCCGCGCCCGCGCGCGUCGAAGCUCGCAAAGGAGCACAACAUCUCAGCGCAGGAGGAGCGAGAGAUCCGCGAAGCCUUCUCGCUCUUCGCGGAGCCGAUGAAGGGGUACUCCAAGGAAGGCGUGAUACCGACGGCGGAGGUGCGGUCGGCGCUCAUCGCGCUCGGCAUCCCGCCGUCGUCGCGCAAGGAACAAGCCGAGUUCGUCGAGAUUCUGGACCCGGACGGCGAGGGGUUCGUCGCGUACGAGCCGUUUUUCGCCAUCUGCGCGCUCAAGUACCACCAACGCGAGAGCGGCGGCGAGGGGAGAAGAAAGGAGGUUGACGACGCUUUUCGACUUUUCACCAGCGGCGGCGGCAGCAGUCGGGAUGUUAUUACUCUUGCGGACCUGAAGAGGGUUGCUGGGGUGCUGAGGGAGGACGUCAAGGAUGAGGUGCUGAGGGACAUGAUUCUCGAGGCCAACGGGGGCGCGGGCGUGGGAAAGGGGGUUAAGAGGGAAGAGUUUGAAGAGGUUAUGCGGCGCGCUGGGGUCUGGCGGUGA